AUGAACCCAUUGUCCGUUGUUUCUGUGUUGGCCGUUGCUGCUUCUGUUGCUGCUAAUGUGACUACUAUCACUUCUACUCUUACUGUGACCACUACCCUGUACUCUCCUCAGGAAUUGCAGCUGAUUGCAUCUCAGGCCUCUCUUCUGGCUGCAAGUGCUGCUUCUGUUUCCGGCGCUUCUGUUGCCUCGGUAUCUGCUGCCUCUGUGUCUGCUGCUUCCGUGGCUUCUGCUUCUGCUGCUUCUUCUGCCUCUGCUGCUUCCGUAGCUUCUGCUUCUGCUGCCUCUGCUUCAGCCGCUUCUGUCUCGAGUGUGUCGGCAGCUUCUUUGAGCUCAUUCCUCUCUGCAAGCUCUCAAUCUGCUGCCUCUGCAUCUCUCACUAAGCAGGCAUCCUCUUCUGUGACCGGCUUGACUGCCUUCAACGGAAUUGUUGCUGUCGCUUCAGGUUUGAACUUCUCUCUGGUCCACUCCAACAGCUCUUCUUACCACAUGAGCUCGACUCCACUCACAUCCCUGGCCCGUGCUUCUAGCACCGGAUCCAGCGCUUCUGCUAGCCAAUCUGUUUCUUCAAGAACUUCCCAAGCUGGCGCAGGAACUGUGGGUGUGGCAUUUGGAGUGUUGGCUGCUGUUGCUGCCAACUUGUUGUAG